GAAAUGUACUCACCUAAGCAAUAUACUGCAUUUUAACAGUGAUCACAGGAGAGUAAGGAUGGACAGGUGCAGGAGAUACCCAGUGGACAUCAAGGCAGUGGGUCUUAUACAGAAUGGAAGACAACGGAUUUGCAUAUUUUCCAUUUUCUGGUCUGAUCGAAAUAACAUUCUUAUAUAUCGAACGUAUGAAAACUUUAAGAAUCUCGCAAAAGAACUUAAACAGAAGUUCCCCUUGGAGUCGGGACUUGUUAACAAAUCUGAGCGGAUAUUACCCAUACUGAGAGAUGCUCCUCUGUUGUCCUGGGGAAGAGUCACCAGCCGUUUUGUGGAGAGACUCUAUCUUCUAGAAACGUACUCGCGGGAAUUGCUGCAAACAGAUGCCAAGAUCUCACAGAGUGACGUCAUCAUACAGUUUUUCACUCCAAAGUCAGAAGAUCUCAACCCUACGUUUUCCGAAAGCAGCAUGGUGAUAAUGCCUUCAGAAAACGACAACGGAAAUAAGGAAGUCAGAAGUGCUCCCCAGCAAAACCUUCAAAUGAUCACUCAGCCAAUUAUAUCUCAGAGCUACUUCUGUCUAGAAAGCUUUGAAACUAAAGAUACCAAAAACCGACCAUUCAAAGUCAAGAAAGAUGACACCAUCGAUGUCCUCAUUAAAGACUCGACUGGAUGGUGGUUAGUGGAGAAUAAAGAUAAACAGCUGGCAUGGUUCCCCGCUCCAUAUCUUGUAAAGAGCAGAGAGGAAAUUAAAAUAGACUCAACGAGCACUGGGACAUGUUACUUUGUGGCCAAGGGAUAUGAGGCGCAAAGUGCAGAUGAACUCUCACUGUCAGUUGGAAUUGUUGUAGAUGUAAAAGAAAAAUCAGACAUUGGUUGGUGGUAUGUCUGCUAUGACGGGAGGUGUGGAUAUGUCCCAUCCAUGUUCCUCAAACCGUAUGUAAAUCCUCACCAGAAGCUCCAGGCUAAUAACGUUAAAAAUGGGUUUGGUUCGACUCCAAACAUCUUUGAGGCUGCGAGAAGUACCGAUGUUAGCAGGGAGUUGGAAUCAGAAGAACCAUGUGUUUUUAAUAAAGACAUGAACGGAAAAAUAAUCCUGGACAGGAGAAAGUCUCGAUCCUUGAGCAGGCUCCCAAACUUCGCACAAUGUUCUCCAGGCAUCUCUUUUCGGUCAAGUAGACAAUCGGCUCAAUCUGCUGUGGCCUGGAAUCACCAGAAUUUGGAAAACAGAAUGGAGACAAGAAAGGACUCUGGCUUUGAUGAACCUCUUUCACCUUGUUCUCCCAAUUUAUCUCCCCUUACACUUUAUAAUGACAAAAUGAUGCAACCGAGGGUGCCACCAAGGCCCACGAGUCAAGAAAUACAUAACAGAUGUACCACUGUGACUAGGAAAGCAGUCCCAAAUUCAAAGAUCUGAGGGAAACUAGAUGGAUAAUUAAUCACUAAACUAAAUUUUUCAUGAAUGUGCAGUGUAUAUAAGUGCGUCUCAAGGUAUCUCACAGCUCCGUGUCAAUAAAGCUCACAAGGAUGUGACGUGUAGCACGAUAAGACUCACAAUAUGAGAGUAUCACAGGACUCCAAUGUAAUAAUGUGUCUUGAAUCAAUAAAUACAUUUAUUU